AUGUCAAGUAAUAAUUUUGACGAGGUUUUAUCGUCCCUUCAAGACGCCCAAGACAGCGCAAAAUUACUCAAGAUUCUCAUCGAUGUACGAAAAAAGGUAGACGCCGACUGCCCCAAAAACAAGGAGAACAUUUGCAAAAUCCGGGAAAAGGGCUGCUUUAAGCAAAUCGUAGCCUCCCUCCAAACCUCCAAGAAGAGCACGAUUAACGUCUCCUUGAGCAUUUUGGGGAACUGUUGUCUUGACGCAAAGUGUGCCAGGGAUGUGAUCAGUCAAUAUGGCGCUUUGUCCAAUUUCAAUCAACUUUUGAAGCGCUACCCGAAAGAUGAUAGCAUCAACGGGCGCGUUUUUCGAAUUGUGGGCAAUUUGUGCCAACACAGGGACCAAUGGGCGGGGGUUAUAAUCGAGAAAAAACCGCAAAUUGUUAUACACAUUGUCAAGUAUCUUAAAGAUUCGGUGGAGGAAGAAAAUGGGAAAGUUUCCGAAGCUACUAUUACAAUGGGUAUUCGGGCUUUGAGGGUCUUAGUUAAUCGAGAAACGCUUCAGUCGCUCGUGACAACGUACGGGGUGCUUAAAACUGUAGGGAUGUUGCUUAUUAAGUAUGGUGCCAUCUGGCAAGAGACGAAAAAAGGCGAAAGCGUGCUUAUUAACAUCGUUAAGUUACUCCACGAGUAUUCGCGCUAUCGCUAUUAUCCCUCUAUCCAAGAAAUGAGAAGUACAGACAAAGGCGACUCGAUUGUCUACCUUAGCAAAAUUCUCUUAGUGGCUCCGCGACAAGUCGUUAAAAUUGUCAUGAACUUCUUGAAAAUCAGUCAGUUGAAGUCAGAUUUGCCCGUUCCGGAGAUUUUUGACAGCUUCAUUGAAGUCUUAAGCGACGAUACGAUCAUUCAAGAGUUUAAUUCCACAUGUGAAGAGUGUAUCAAAUGUCUUUGCUACCUUUUGGACCAUCCAGGAAAUAGAGAAAAUGAAAGGUGUGGCGACAGCAUUCCACUUUUAAUUAAUGUACUAAGUGGGCUCACCCUUCAAACUAAUAAUAAAAUCGAGUGUAGCAUUUUAAUUAUAUCAACUUUGAAGAAGUGCAAGUACAACUUUAACCUGAUCGCGGAUCAGGUCAGGUGUAACAUUGUGACAGUCUUGAAUGAGAAAAUAAAACUGAUAGUCGGGAGCGUUGAUCCGCUUAAUAUUAAUCAUAAAAGUGAUAAAAAACGCAGAAAUAAUUUUCUUGCCAAGUUUAAGGAAAGUAAGAGGAGUAAGCUAAUGGUGGAUUUGAAUAAGGAAGAUGAAGAAAGUUCUAGUUCAGAUAGCGACGAAGAAAUCGAUAAGUAUUAUUCAAGUGUCAGAAAUGACUACAGUCCUGGGUCAAGCAACGAAUCUGAGAUGGCCAUGUCUUGGACUUCAGGGCUGUCGCCACCUUCAAGCCCUCGGUCCCGACUUUAUGGUAUUUCUGAAUCCGAUUCGGACGACUAUUCGCCAGUGUGUAGCGAAGUGGACCCUUCUGACUUCCCAUUGGCAAAACCAGAAGGUGAAGAAUCCCCGAAUCCCGAAAUAGAUUCGAAAAGUUCGGACAUUUCGGAAGAAACCGAAGAAAUUCAAAGUUUCGACGUGGACUCAAGUAGCGUCAAACAAAUCAAAGGACGCCUCGUUUUAGAAAUAGUCGAUUUGCUCAAAACCUACAUCAAAAUCAAGCCACCGAUUACGCAGUUGGGAACCCCCGAACUACUCCUCGGCCUAAUCAAAAGCACGGCCUACUUCCACUGGCCAUGUUCAUCCGCCAUUUUGGACAUAGUUGAUUUGAUUUACAAGAUAUUAGGGUCACACAAUUAUCUACUACCUUUGAUGCAAAGCGAUUUUAUUCCGGCUGUUUACGACAUGGCCAAAAUCCAACAUGGCUCCUGGUGUUCAAAAUGUCGCCAGUUCCAAUGGAUUAGUGCUUCUAUAAUCAAAAAAUUAUCACGGGUGGCUGAGACUGGAGGGGGGAAGGGCGAUAUUGCCCAUAAACUACUCCGAGGGGAUAAUGUCACUAAACAACAGUUGGUAUUAGUGAUCCCAUACAUCAUCAGGAGCAAAGCAAUCCUGGUGAAGCUCAUGCUGAACUGCGGCGGCCUGGAGAUCCUGAUGAAGCUCCUCAAGGACCAAUCUGCCCUCCAGACCAAAAGCAUCAAAGUCCUUUGUGUGUUAGCAUCGAAAAAACUUGGCAUUCCAAACCCAAAAAACGUGUCUGGCAUUUACAAAAACGUGACGGGUGGCAACACUGGCGAUACAUCAUCCGUGGUCACAUUCAAACUAGACGAUGGGAGUUUACUGAGUGCCGACAGGGGUUUACUGAGCCGUAAUUCAGAUUUUUUUGCCCGCUUACUUAACGGUGAUUUCAAAGAGUCAAGCCAGGAUGUGAUCACGUUACCAAACGUCAACAAUAAAUCCUUAAGGUGUUUGCUGCACUGGAUCAAGACCGACUUGGUUGAAAUUGAUAUUGAUUUGAAUACUCAUUUGGACGUUAUCGGACUAUGUGAUAGGUUUUUGAUGGAGGAUUAUCGGUGUUAUUUGACCGAUUGUGUGGAAAAGUUUAGAUUAAGUCCUGAUACAAUUCCGACGAUUUAUAAUUGGUCGCUUGAAUCACGGACUAAUCUUCUAAGGGUCGAGUGUAUUGCUUAUGCCCUUGUUGCCAACAUUAUAGACUCAGAGAGGUUUGAAAUGUUUAGGAAUUUGUUCGAUUUAGGGUAUACUGAAGAAUUGGUUGAGGACAUACGCAAAUUAUUGGUGAGGUACAUGACCUUGAACCAAUUCUGCGACUGCAAAAAGCACAAAAACAGAAACUGUGAUAAAAAGAUUCAUAGUAUUUAUUAAGUAGUAGGUUUUUUACGUGGCAGUUACCCAAAUAAACUUUUUUCUAGUAACAGUUGACUGCAACAAUAAUUUACAAUAUGUACAACAAGUAGUGAUCAAGAGUGGCUGGAGAAUCAGUACUGCCAACUGAUACCGUCACUCUUGAUCACGCUGUAGCACGACUUUGUUAUAAAAAUAAAUCACAACAAUAAAUCAAGAUUUAAUAAAUUA